GACGCUUGCUGCCCCGAGCUGCUGCCACACCCAUCCCCAGCGCAUCCCGGGCAUAUAAUCGCGCUUAUCCGAAUCGCCUCAAGCUCCAUGAAGCUAUCCAUCCGCGUUAUCUUCAAUUCCCAUUCAUAGCGACAGCGUUUCGACAUGCCUCCUGCUCUUAGCGAUCACGGGUCCUCGGACGCCGAGGACGCCCCCGCGCAGCCAAGAAAGGGAAAGGGAAAGGGAAAGCAGCCGGUGCAGGAGGAUCCCAUAGACGACGAAGAGGAAGAGGAAGACAGUGAGGUGGGAGAGGACGAAUACGUCGUGGAGGCGAUUCACGGCCACAGAUUCCAAAAGGGCGUCCUCCAAUUUGACGUCAAAUGGGAAGGUUACGACGACCCCAAGGACCGGACCUGGGAGGCAGAGGAGAACAUGGAGGGAGCCAUUGACGUCCUGAAUGAGUACUUUCAGAAAAUCGGAGGCCGACCAGAACCCAAGGGCCAGAAGCGGAAGGGACGACCAUCGACCGCCGGCGUCAAAUCCGAGUCCGGCACCCCGUCGUCCUCCACGAAGCGCGCGAAGGCAGAUAAGCCAGAGAAGAAAGUGGCACAAUGGAGCCCACCGCCAGGCUCAUGGGAACACGACGUCGACUCCAUUGACACGGUGGAGCAAACGAAGGACCCCAAGACGGGCCAACUGGAGAAGUUCGCAUAUCUGGUGUGGACGAAUGGGCAAAAGACACAGCACCCUCUCAAGCACGUCUACCAAAAAUGUCCACAAAAGAUGCUUGAAUACUACGAAAGUCACCUAGUCUUCACCGAGAACGGGGACGAGCCUCUGAACGGUGAUGACACCAACGACACAGUGAUGAACGACGACUGAUCCGCUCAAGUCGAGUAGUACCCGCAACCGAAAUUGCCGAUCAAGAUACCCCCCUCCGAUGAAGUUCGGUUCGACUUCGCCCCUGCGAUGCCAUACGCGAAAAUGCUUCCAAAACAGUUCCGCGCGCCGUCAUGGUCACCCAUCACACCUCCUCUACCGUUACUCAAAUCACCGAAAGUGUCUCCGUUGGCACCCACGGAACAAUUUGAACCUUCCAAUCCUCUAGUGCGCUUGGAGGCUUAGGAGGACUCCGAUGAGCUGCAAAAGGAUACACAUGUAUCUGCUUGGUACGGCGUAUAGGUGCCGCAUGUAUCAUAAGAACUUUUUUGGAUAGGCACGGAAACGAAACACUGGAGUAUCAAGGCUUCGUUCGAGCGGUUCCAGUUUUGGACCCUGCAUCUGGUAGUAUUGGGAAUUCGUAACGUUCACACUUGCAUGCACAAUAUGA